CAGGCUGAGGAGGAGAGGAAGCAACCCCCUCGCCCAUCUUCACCCUCUUCUGCUCUUUCCGGUGCUGGCUGGCUUCUCCCUCCAUGCUACACUGAGUAAUGAGGUAGUGUGGAAGGGAUUCUGGGAAAACCAGGAUGUCUGGGUCCUUUAUCUGUGCUCCGUUUGCUCCUGGCUAAGGAGCUUCCUCCCCUGAGCCUCGGUUUGCCCAUCUUUAAAAUGGACGGACCUGCCUGCAUGUGCAAAGGUGCCCAAAGCCCUGGUGAGAUAACGGACGGGAAGCAGCUUUAUGAAGAAGCGGCUGAAAUGUUUGCACAGGGGUGCGCAACCGUGUCGAAUGCAACGGCCCUACGGUCUUUCACAUGCCCCACACCACCUUGGAUGGUGGAGGAGACUGUGACGCCAGGGGUUCCCCAGAGUGGGACUGGGGAUUAGUAUAUGGGGCACAGUGAAAGGGAAGCCUGAUGACUGAGCUGCGAGCUUUGGGCGUCACUCUCAGGGCCAGUCAGGAAGCAGUGCGGCCAGGAGGCUGCGCGGAGCACGCCGUCCUCCCCAGCUGGCCCCGUACAGUCCUCCUCCCUUAGGCAAAACGCCGGCCCACGCUGUCCUGAAGUGCAAAGGGAUGGAUGUCACGAGUGUGCACUGCACAGUUCACAAGCAAUGGCAGGUCUGAACAAGGUUGCUUGAUAAGAAAAGCCUUAGCGCCGCCCAUUUAAUGUAUGCUUUUGGCCAUUGCUUAUUGAGCACCUGCUGCAUACCAGUUAGAGCCUGGGCAGUCCCCGCCGCUCCCCGCCCCCUUUUUUCAAAGUCGCCUAAAGGCGACCAGAGGACAGAGGGAGGCUCUCGGUAACCUAGGAGUCCUGGCUCCGCCCCUCCUGCCUCUGGCCUGGUCCGCUCCUCCCAUCACCGCUCAGAGGCGGCUGCUGGCCCGCGACGGAGAGCGGAAGCACAGCCUCGGGCUUCAAGCCCUGUAGCUGAGAAGACAUCCGAUGGUGCAUCCCUGGUCUGUUCUGCCCCCGUUUCGGGGUCCAUCCGGAAAGCUUUCCGAUAAGGAUCCUCAGUGAGACCGCACUCGAUUAAAUCGGUCUGUCUUCAGACCAAGGAGGCGGGAUCGCCGCGGCCGCUGCAAGGCCACAGCGAGAAGAGCGUCCUGCGCACGCGCAGUAGGCAGCGAUGGAGCCACCGAUGGAGCAGUCCGGAGGGGAGCAAGAACCGGGAGCUGUCAGGCUCCUGGACCUGCCCUGGGAAGACGUGCUGCUCCCGCACGUCCUCAACUGGGUCCCGCUGCGCCAGCUGCUCCGGCUGCAGCGCGUCAGCCGCGCCUUCCGGGCGCUCGUUCAGCUGCACCUGGCCGGGCUGCGCCGCUUCGACGCCGCUCAGGUGAGCCGGGGCCCGGACCCCGCCCCCGCCAGGGUGAGCCGGAGCCCCGCCCCCGCGGGGGUCCCACCCUCGCCCCGCCUCCAGGCCGGCCCCAGCGGCGCUGGAAACCCUUGGCGACCCCGGGUGGGUCCACAGAUUCCACGGGCCGCCUUAGCCCGGCUACUGCGGGAUGCCGAGGGGCUGCAGGAGCUGGCGCUGGCUCCGUGUCACGAAUGGCUGUCGGACGAGGACCUGGUGCCAGUCCUGGCGCGGAACCCGCAGCUACGGAGCGUGGCGCUGGCCGGCUGCGGCCAACUGAGUCGCCGAGCGCUGGGGGCGCUGGCCGAGGGCUGCCCGCGUCUGCAGCGCCUUUCGCUCGCUCACUGUGACUGGGUGGACGGGCUGGCACUACGUGGCCUCGCCGACCGCUGCCCGGCUCUGGAGGAGCUAGACCUCACCGCCUGUCGCCAGCUCAAGGACGAGGCCAUCGUGUACCUGGCGCAGAGACGCGGCGCGGGCCUCCGCAGCCUCUCGUUGGCUGUCAACGCCAAUGUGGGGGACACCGCGGUCCAAGAGUUGGCUCGAAACUGCCCGCAACUCGAGCACCUCGACCUCACAGGCUGCCUUCGGGUCGGAAGCGACGGUGUCAGGACCCUGGCGGAGUACUGCCCGGCGCUGCGCUCCCUGCGCGUGCGGCACUGCCACCAUGUGGCCGAACCCAGCCUGAGCCGCUUGCGGAAACGUGGUGUGGACAUCGACGUGGAGCCACCCCUGCACCAGGCCCUGGUGCUGCUCCAGGACAUGGCGGGCUUCGCGCCCUUUGUCAACCUGCAGGUCUGACUGACUUUCCUUCGGGCGGGAGCACAGCUGGACUGUGUAGCCGGGGCCUGCCUGACGCUGAGCUGUAGGGAAACUGGACUGUGGGGGCCUGUGGCUGAGAGGCCUGUGGCGUGCCCUGAUCACCCUGGAAUUUCAAAUAAAGAGCUUUUACCCCUU